AUGGUGAAUAUCACAGAGAAAAUCAAAGAGAUCGAGGAGGAGAUGCGCAGGACGCAGAAAUACCAUCUUGGUCUCCUCAAAGGAAAACUUGCACGACUACGAGCACAGCUUCUCGAGCCUACGGGUGGAGCGGGGUCUGGCGGUGGGUCAGGAUUCGAUGUGAGCAAAAGCGGGGAUGCGCGAAUAGCCCUGGUGGGAUUCCCAUCCGUUGGCAAGUCAACUUUUUUAUCAAAGAUUACGAAGACGAAGAGUGAAGUUGCAGCAUAUUCAUUCACUACGCUCACGGCGAUCCCGGGCGUUUUGGAGUACGGCGGUGCCGAGAUCCAGAUCCUUGAUCUCCCUGGUAUUAUCGAAGGCGCGGCCGAGGGUAAGGGUAGAGGGAGGCAGGUUAUUUCUACCGCAAAGACUAGCGAUCUAAUAAUGAUGGUUCUUGAUGCUACAAAACGUGCCGAACAGCGAGCGCUACUGGAAGCUGAGUUAGAGGCAGUGGGAAUCCGGUUAAAUCGGGAACCGCCAAAUAUUUACCUGAAAGCGAAAAAAGCAGGAGGUAUGAAAAUCACAUUCCAGACGCCGCCGAAAAAUCUGGAUGAAAAAAUGGUCUUCAAUAUAUUACGCGACUACAAGAUUUUGAAUUGCGAAGUUUUGGUCCGGGAUGAGAAUGCUACUGUCGAUGACUUUAUCGAUGUUAUUAUGAAAGACCACAGGAAAUACAUUAAAUGCCUUUAUGUCUACAACAAAAUAGACAGUGUGAGCCUGGACUUCCUCGACAAACUAGCCCGAGAACCUAACACGUGCGUUAUGAGCUGCGAACUGGAUCUGGGUAUUCAGGACGUGAUUGAUCGGUGCUGGAAGGAGUUGCAGCUUAUUCGGGUAUACACCAAACGAAAGGGCGUCGAUCCCGACUUUUCAGAGGCAUUGAUUGUGCGCAAUAACGCUACGAUCGAAGAUGUGUGCGAUCAAAUUCAUCGGACACUGAAGGAUAAUUUUAAAUAUGCGUUGGUUUGGGGGGCUAGUGCACGACAUGUUCCACAGCGGGUGGGGCUGGGACAUGUCAUUGCUGAUGAGGAUGUGGUGUCGAUAGCUACGAAGUGA